AUGAAAUUUACUAGAUUUUUACACUUUUUUAUAUUCAAUUGGGUAUUAUGGACAUUUGUCAAAACUGUUCCCAUUCGAAAAAGUUUAGCCGGACAAGUUGAAAAGGAUUACACGUCAAAUGAUGUUAAUAAAUCAUUAAAUGAUGUGGCUGCAUCGUCGGUCAAUCCUCAAAUUCAAAAAUAUAAAGAAACGUUAAAACCUAAAUUAAAAAUUACUAAAAAGGAUACAGCCAAAGGAGAAGACAGGGUGUUUAAGAAAAGUGAAUAUGAUAAAGAAUAUUAUCGAAAAAAUAAAGAAAGGUUGAUUGAAAAAAGUCAAAAUUACCGGAAACAAAAUAAAGAAAAGAUAAUUGAGCGAAAGCGAAAAUACAAUAUAAAGAACAAAGAAAAAAUUAGUCAAACUACGAAAACUUACCGUCAAAAAAAUAAGGAAAAUUUAAAAAAUCAAGCAAAAAUUUAUUACCAAAAUAACAAAGAAAAAUUGAAUGAAAACAAGCGUAAAUACCGACAAAAAAAGAAAAACGUUCAAUCUGCUCAUAAUGAAGGAACUUCAUUUGUUAAUCCACAGACUAGUGAUUUUACUAAUUUAGUUAUAUUAUCAAUUGUUUGCGAGGAGGAAGUAAAUCUUUUAAAUCAAGAAAAGGAAGUAUGCAAUAAUGGAGAAGAAAAUCAAAUCAAGGUAGAGGAGCCAAGAAAAAUUCAUGAUGAUGAUACAAAUCAAGUAGAUUCGAAUAAGAAAAUUCUUCCUUUUGAUCUGAACGGGGAACCUGAGGAUGGAAAUUGCGAAGUUCUUGGAAAUGGCAUAAAUAAAGUAGAUUCAAAUGAGAGAAAUUAUCUUUUUGAUUUGAACGAUAAACCUGAGAACGAAGAAGUGGAAGAUUAUUAA